AUGGAGGGUGAAAUGGAAAGCAGCUCUGGAUCCAAUGCGGUAGAAUUGCAAGGCUCUACAGCUGACCAGCAGCCUAAAACCGGUGGUUGGGUGGCUGCAACACUUAUUUUAGGGAUCGAACUAUGCGAACGCCUCUCCACUAUGGGAAUCGCAGUCAACCUUGUCACGUAUUUGAAUGAAACAAUGAACCUCUCAAGCGCUACUUCGGCAAACAUAGUAACCAAUUUUUUAGGCACUUCUUUUCUUUUGUGUUUGUUUGGAGGAUUCUUGGCUGAUACCUUCCUAGGAAGGUACAGAGUGAUUGCCAUAUUUGCACCCGUUCAAACUAUUGGUACAGCAAUGCUAGCAAUCUCAACACAAGUUCCACAACUUCGUCCACCUACAUGUGCUUCCCAAUCUAGAAAUGAAUGUCAACAGGCUAGCAGCAGCCAAAUGGUUGCACUAUAUGGAUCACUAUAUCUGAUAGCAAUCGGGACCGGUGGUAUUAAAUCAAGCGUUUCUGGUUUUGGUAGUGACCAAUUUGAUGAAAACAACAAAAGAGAGAAAGCCCAAAUGACACUUUUUUUUAGCAGAUUCUUUUUCCUCAUCAGCCUGGGGACCCUUACGGCAGUUACCCUUCUUGUAUAUGUUCAAGAUCGAGUUAGUCGAAGCUGGGGCUAUGGUAUUUGUUCUGUGUCCAUGUUUAUUGCCACUCUGUUGUUUCUCAUGGGAACCAGAAGGUACAGAUUCAAGGAUAGCUGUGGAAGUCCUCUUAUCCACAUUCUUCAAGUGCUUGUUGCAGCCACUAAGAAAAGAAAGCUUCAACUUCCUUCAAAUAGUGACGAGUUGUUUGAAGAUAUUCAAGAUGUGUCUACGAGAAUCCCUCACACUGAUCAGUUCCGUUGCUUGGACAAGGCUGCUGUAAUAUCAAAGGAAACUGAAACAUGUAAGAAUAUUGCUUCAAAUCCUUGGAACCUUUCGUCAACUACAAAAGUAGAAGAGGUGAAAAUGAUGAUCAGGCUACUACCUAUUUGGGCAACAACAAUCAUGUUUUGGACUACAUAUGCUCAAAUGAUCACCUUCUCAGUAGAACAAGCCACUACAUUGCGGAGAAAAUUUGGGCAUUUUGAAAUCCCUGCUGCCUCUCUGACAGUUUUCUUUGUAGCAGCAAUCUUAGUCAGUUUGGCAGCUUAUGACCGACUAAUUAUUCCCUUCUGCAAAAGAUGGACAGGAUUACCAGGAUUGACAAAUUUGCAGAGGAUAGGAUUAGGACUCUUCCUAGCUUCAUUAGGCAUGGCGGCAGCAGCAAUUGCAGAGGCGAAAAGGUUAUCGGUGGCGAAAUUCACAGCUCCAAACACCACUUUACCUCUGAGUGUGUACAUCUUGAUCCCGCAGUUCUUGUUGAUUGGUUCUGGAGAAGCAUUUAUGUACAGUGGACAGCUAGAUUUCUUCAUAACUCAAUCACCAAAAGCAAUGAAAACAAUGAGCACUGGCCUAUUCCUGACUACACUUUCUAUGGGAUUCUUUUUCAGUAGUUUGAUAGUGUCCAUUGUUCAAAAGAUCACCACAAUUGGAGGUGGAAAAGGUUGGGUUGCUGAGAAAAUCAAUCAAGGUAGACUUGAUUGCUUUUAUGCCCUUUUGGCCCUCUUGACCUUCAUUGAUUUCUGGAUAUAUCUUGUUUGUGCUGCAUGGUAUAAGCCACAAACAACUUAUGAAAAGAAUCAGGAAAUGGUUACUGAUAAAGUUCUUGUUGUUUCCACCAUGGAGGAAGUUCUUGUGUAA